UGGAUUUUUAUUCCCCUCUUUCUCUCUCUCUACAGUGUGACCAUUUUCAGCUUCAUUUCCAUUUCUUAUAGGGAUUAAAGUCUUUUCAUCUGACUUCACUGCACCACGAAGUUUCUGCCGUCGCACGGAUUUCUCCUGAACUUCAUCACCAGUGUCCCAUUGACGAAGACAUACUACCAACUAUAAUUUAAGUGAAAUGAAGAAUAAACAGAAUACACCAGAAACACAAUCAUCAACUCAGGUGUCACAUGAGUCCCAAGGUAAUCCACUGAACAAUCCAACAGAAGCUCCUGUAGUAGACUCGGGCUCCAUUUCUGUUUCCAGCAAUGAUAACAAAAAGGUUUCGCGAGAAGAUAUAGAACUUGUUCAGAAUUUGAUAGAGCGGUGUUUACAGUUGUACAUGAACAGAGAAGAAGUGGUAAAGACUCUCUUGACUAGAGCAAGGAUAGAUCCUGGAUUUACAACUUUGGUGUGGCAAAAAUUGGAAGAAGAAAAUGCUGAAUUCUUCAGGGCAUACUAUAUAAGGUUAAAGCUGAAGAAACAGAUUAUCACAUUCAAUCAUCUACUCCAGCAUCAGUAUCAAAUGAUGCAGCUUCCUCAAAAGGUUCCUCUGGCCCCCAUUCAGAACGGUAUUCAUCCAAUGCCAGUUAACAAUUUGCCUAUGGGAUACCCUGUCCUACAACAACCACCAAUUCCAGCCCCUGGACAACACUUGGGAAGUGGCUUAUCCAGUUGUCAUGUGGUCAAUGGAGUUCCUGCACCAUGUAACUUCCAUCCAAUUCGGAUGAAUUCAAUGAAUGAUAUGGUGAUAGAUGGCAGUGCACAAGAUGCAACACCUGUUAUUCCACCAAAUAGUGCCAUGUCAGCAGAUAUGCCUUUGAGUCCUACAUCAAUAACAACAUCCAGUGGUCAUUUUCCAUUUACAUCUGACAUGUCUGGAAUGGGAGUGGAUACUUCUGUUCUUGAUACUGCAUUUACAUCUGAUGUAGCUAAUUCAGUGGAAUUGGAGCUCCCAUCUGAUAAUGGGGCUGUAAAUUCUAGAGAUUCACUCAGAUCUUGGGCUCAAAUGCCAUGGAACUUCAGUCUGUCAGAUUUGACCGCUGAUCUGUCGAACUUGGGAGAUUUAGGAGCAUUGGGAAAUUAUCCUGGUUCUCCCUUUCUGCCUUCUGAUUCAGAUAUUUUACUUGACUCUCCUGAGCAGGAGGAUAUAGUAGAGGAGUUCUUUGUCGAUACUAUCCCAGGACCACAAUCAGAUGAAGAUAAGCCCUAGAAAUUAUUGUCAUGAACCAUCAUUAGAUUUAUUAACUUCUCCACCUUUAGUACAUUUCAUGUUUGUGGAAUUUCAAUAACUUAAUUUAGAUUAUUUGUUACCAAUGAUGGAUUUGUUACUUAUUUUUAACUGACAUAUUUAUGUACUUUAGCUUUCUAUAUCUCCAAUGAAACUAUUUUAUUUUGAGA